CUGUUCAACUGUUGAUUCGUAAAUAACUUUCUCGGCAUGUUCGGUAGAUUUUAAAAGGCAGUGAAAUUAGAUGAGAAAGGCUGAUUAACAAGGUAAUAUUCAGAUGCAUUCUAUAAACGUAACAGUGUGUUAGUAUUCAUUGAUAUGAGUACGCCAUCUGUGACAUUAAGGUCUUUAAAAAAUGAAGAAACGGGAAUUGAUAUAUCAGUUCCAUGUUUUCAAGAGGAGGAAGCUCCCUUGGGAGGAAUAUCAAUUUUAUAUGAAAUAUCUGUGUUAACUAGAUUAGAUUUGUUUAAAACGAGACUGCAUAAAUAUGGAGAUGUGGUCCAUUUUUCUAUAUUCAAAGCUUACAGAGAAAUAGAAGACUUGUAUAAAAAAUUAAAUAAAAAAUAUCCAAAAGCUGGAUUGCCUCCUGUACCAAAAUCAAGCACUGCUGACAAAUAUACUUCUGAUGAGAAGGUUCAAGCCCUUGAUAAUUUUUUUAAUGCUUUAUCUAAAAAUAUUGAAGUUAUCCAUUCUUCAGUAUUCACACAGUUUAUAGGAAUAAAUUCGCAAAGAUUGCCUUCAUUUUCAACACCAAAAACUGAUUCUUCAAAUGAACCUGAUAAAACAAAUUCUGAAGAAGUAAAAUCAAAGGGAAAUUCUGAUGAAAACAUAUCAAACAGUAGUGUGUCAGAAGUCUUCCCAAAAAUGAAAGUUCCUGCUGCAGAAAAAACAGUUGAUAAUCCAUCUGUAUUACCAUCUGAUUCUGCCAAAAAUCUAGAUCUUUUUGAAGAAGUUAAAACUGGGAAAGAAGCAACCAGCCCAGACAUUAAUACUAAAACAGUAAGCACCAGCUUAUUUGAUGAUUUUGAAGAAGAUGCACUGUUUACUUCAAAACCUCUAAAACCAGCUCCCCAGUCUAAAAAAGUAGAAAAUGUUAGUAGUACCACAACAAGUCCAACAGAAAAAAUUCCAUUUCCAAAGAAGCCUGCUGUUGUAAUGUCUGAUAAAAAUAUUGAUGAUUCUCAGAUAAUAAUUAAAGAUAGGAAAGUAGGUGAUGUGUCAUUGUUUGAAGAGCAAGAUUUGGGAGAUUAUAUCACUAAGGAUGAAGAAUCACUUUUUCUUGUUACACCCUCUAGUGGAGAAAGUAAAAAGAAUACUUUACUCUUUUUGGAUGAUGGGAUUUCUUCCACUGAAAAUGAUUUAAGCGUGAACGAAAACCUGGAUGAUUUAUUAAAUCUGGAACCUUUACCGAGCUCUCCCAUUUUGACAAAAAAACCCGAGACCGAGGAAUUAGUGGAAAGUCAGCCUGUUCCAAAACCUGAUGAAAUUUCCAAGCCUGUUCCUUUGCCGAGGAAAAAAUCUUUGGGAAAAUUAGAAGUGGAAGGCAUCCCAAAAAAACCAGAGGUUUCGCCACGAAAUGUGUUUAUGAAUAAACCCGAAGUUCCUUCAAAACCUUCAGUGGUAUCUGCAGGUACUGCAAAACCGGCACCCCCUCCAAAACCGAAAGCACCUCCUCCGACGAAACCGAAACCUGCUGUCCUAAAGAAUCGCACUGACGUCCAAGGAUUGGAUGCUGCAAAUGCUAAUGAGCCAGAGAAGACAGAAAAUCUGAACACUGUCAGUGACCUGGCCAAUGAUUUGAAUAAGCUUGAUAUACUCAAGUAUAUAGAGCAAGAAUCUAAAACCCUAGAGGCUAAACCAAGCCUUUUUGAUUAAAUUUAAAACUAAUCUGUAUUAGUUAGAAUGUAACACCACACUUUUAAUUCUGUUUGAUUUUUUAGGCAGCUGUGCUGUAGUCACAUUUUUUCAAAGUAUUUUGAACUUAUUCUCUAGAUAAAUGAUGUUCUUCGUUGUAUUUUGUUUAAUGUACAUAAAUAUUAGUUUUACAAAUAUUCGCAUCCCUUUAGAAAGGAAUUCAAAAUUUUAUCUGCACUUAAUGCUGUGAUUUUUUACUGCCAUUUUACAUGUUGCCGUUCCAACAAGUAUUUGCAACAAAAAAGAAGAUCAAUAUUUUUCAAACUUGCGGUUUGGUCAUUUCACAUAAUAGGAAUCUUUUUAUGGAUUACUGCUGCAAAAACACAGAGUUUCUGAAAUCGAGGUUCUGAAUUUCAGCAAUAAGAUGGCUUGUGACUCCUGGCAUCUUAUCUGUGUAACUCAUCAUGCAGCUGGUAUUAUAUCGGCUAUUAUAUUUUUAGAAGACAAUAUUAAGCAAAAAAAUUCUUAAAAAGAAAAAUUUGUUUUAUUUGAGCUGUGUGCUGAUUAUUCAUAGAUAUGAAUUAAAUUUUUGUAUUUAGUGAAAUUAAUUUCUAGUGUGAAUUUUUAACUUGUAUGUGAUGAAUUUAGUUUUAAAAUUUGCUGUUGUAUUUUCCAUGUUAUAUAUAAAUGGAUUUGUAAUUUUUAUUAGUUUGUACAAUGCGAUUUUUAGUAAAUUGAUCUGAAAUUUGGAAUUUAUGUGAUGUUACCUCUUUCGAUAUUGUCUGUUUUAUUAGUCUAAACAUAUCAUUGCCUGUUAGGAUUUAAUGUACAACUGUUACCUAUGUAAAUAAAAACAAUAACUGUAAAAUAAAUUUGUUAUGAAAAAUUU